AGUAACCACGCAGUGUAGGCGGGGCGAUCGGCUGGGUUGUCGAGCAUACAUUUAAGGAUAAAAUAGGCUUGUUUGUUAGAAGUGAGCUUUACAAUAGAUAGGGACACAACGCUUUCAAGCAAAGAACAGAGCGUCGAGCUCCCGCUGUAUUUUUUUUAACGAGUUUGGAACGUCUGUACCUCGUCCAACGACUACGGCUUGUGUUUUUUUUGCCGCCAUUUCUUUAUGGAUUUGUUGAAAUUAGAAACACUUGCUGACAUUAGCUCGUCUGUUUUAAAAAUGCUGCUGCUUAUACGACGCUUGGAGACUGUCUCGCGCAAGAAUUAUAACGAUUCUCUCUGACUGAGGGGGUCCUAAAAAAAGUACCCGUGAGCCGGUACUACCCCUAGUGGAAAAGUAAAAAGGAGCGAGCCGAGCCGCGCUAAAACCCUGCAGUGGAAAUGCGCUAUAAUUGUGCUGUGAUAGUGAGCAGGGCCUGUUCUCCAUCUUUAACUCACACUGUGGUUGUUUUUUAACUCUCUGAUGGUGUUUUCUUCUGUUUCGCAGAGUUCCAUUCGGUGUCGUGCGGCAGCCUCCAUCAGCUCGUGGACGAGUCGAUGAGACCGCCUCCUCUGCCACCGCGGAGGAAAGACGCCACGUCUGAAUCCAAGAUGAGCUCCAGGUCCGACAGUCCUCCAGCGAUCCCCCCCCUGCCCCCCCCUCUGCCUCGGAUCCAGCCCCGGACCCCGCUCUACAACGGCCCCCCGAUGGACGGCCCGCUGCCCAGCCCCCCGCCGCCGCCGCCCCGCGACCCUGAGCCCGACACGCCCCCUCCGGUUCCUCAGCGACCCCCGGAGAUCUUCAUCAACUACCCGGUGAACAUGCAGCCCUCCCCAGUGGGCCGCUAUCACUGGGACUUUGGCUCCGCCCCCUGCUCCCCCAACACCCCCCCCAGCACGCCGUCGCCCCGCGUCCCUCGCCGCAGCUGCCCGCUCAGCGCCAGUCAGAACAGCCUCUACCCGCUGCCCAUCACCGCCCCCCCGGUCGCCCCCCCGCCCACCAACUGCAACCCCCAGCUGCCCAAACUCCCACCAAAGACUUACAAGAGGGAGCUGCUGCUGCCCCCCCCCCCUCAGCUGCAGGGCCUCUCGCUGGUGGAGAACACCGACGAAUGAAAACACACACACGCUGAGAGGGAACACACACACUCUGAGAGGGAACACACACACACACACACGAUCCUCUGUUUAUCAGUCACUGGCACCGUGUUAGCGUUGUUAAAGUCUUGAAGAAAACUUUAUUGAUCUCUCAGGCCUCCACGGUGAACAAAGAGUCAUAAAAAACGUAGAAAAGUCUUAUUAUUUAAAGCAGUGUCCAAUACGUGCAGGCGUGCUACUCUCAAUGAAUGUUGCAAUGACUUUACAAAAAAGGUGACAUGGUGCAUAGAGUAACGGACAGAUCUCUCCACACAGAAUCAUGAUCUUGUGUUUCCUACAGAUGUAUUUUUAACGCUUUUUGCACCCAUCGAUCAAAGCCAUUUUAGUGGAAAGACUAGAUUGUUAAUUAAUAGAUAAAAGAAGUGUAUUUAUCAUGAACAGAUCUGUAAAACUGAGGGUCUGCACACACAAUCAUGCUGAAGAUCCAAUUUAAAUCUCGUGCUUACCAGAAAGUGUGCACUUAGAUUUAUUUUGUUCAUGCUGAGAGACUUAUGGAGUAGCUAUAGGUAAGACACACCGAUGUAAUGCGAUGUGAGACCAGAUGUAUUCUUAGAUUUUGAAGGCUGCAUUUACAAUAUAACAGAUAUGUAAAGCUGCUGUCCCUUUAACGAUAAGCCAAUCAGCUAACCGAUGAUUAAAUGGAUGAAAAACUGGUGUAAAUAUUUUUGAAAGCAUAAAAAAUCAACCCUUUUAAUUUUGUUUGAGCAUCGAUUUUGAUGCAUUUGAUCAACAAUAUUGAGAUGUUUGACCUCCUCUCCAUGUCUCAGCCCUAUAAGAGACAUUUUAGUUGACUAAUAACGAAAACGACAAAUAAUUCGUAGAAAAUUUGAGUAAAAUUCUUGAUUUAUUUUAUCCGUUUUUUUAAUCAAGGAGGCUUGCGAGAAGUAAACCAGUCUUUUCUCCAGGAAGGUAACACAGUGUGAGUUUCUGAUAAACAGCUGAUCGUUUCAAGAAUUUCCCUCAACUCCACCCGC